CAUGACGUACUUAAGCAGCACUUCAUACUUGAGGGACGCAUCGAAGAGGCUGCCGCUUUGCGCAUCAUACAAGAGGGCGCUACAUUGUUGCGCCAAGAGAAGACCAUGAUUGACAUUGAGGCGCCAGUGACCGUGUGUGGUGAUAUUCAUGGCCAAUUUUACGAUUUAAUGAAAUUGUUCGAAAUUGGCGGUUCACCCGCCUCGACCAAGUAUCUCUUUCUGGGCGAUUAUGUGGAUCGGGGCUACUUUAGUAUUGAGUGUGUUUUGUACUUGUGGUCACUG